AAUUGCCACUGGUCGGACCUUAUAGUCAGUUCCGAUAAGGAAAGACAACCUGUAAAUGUACCCGAGAGUGAACGGAAGCGGCGCGAAGCAGUUUGGGAACUGUUUACCAGCGAGUGUGUUUUCCUGAUAGACCAUCUGAUGGCGCUAAAACAUUGUUUCUUGGAACCGUUGAAGAAAGUUCAAGUAGAAGGUUUCCUGAUGUACAUCGAACCGCCAGAGAUCUUUUGUAACCUGGAUGAUUUGUGCUAUGUAAGCUACACAUUUUGUAAAGACCUUAUAUCGGUGCUGACCAAAAAUAUGUCGAACACGGAGAUAUGGGAGACCAAGCGUCUAGAGGAGGUCCUCGAACGGUUUGCUUGUCUGUCGGAGGAAGGGGAAGUCUACCACACAUAUUGCCUCAACUACACCAAAGGACUGAACUAUUUGGAAAAGUUAAAAAAGAAUGAUGACUACUGUGAAUUCGAAAAGUGGUGUGAGCAGGACCCAAGAUGUAACCGCCUACAGCUGAAUGACCUGUUGGUAUCUCCAAUGCAGCACUGUACUAAACUACCGCUCCUCCUUGCCAAUAUACGCAAGUACACUCUGAUCGAGUCGGACCGAGGCCUGUUAGCGGCAGCCAUUGGCAAGCUCGAGGUCUCCUUACAAAAUUUGGAAGAGAAAAUGCGUAAGGAACGGAAUAUACAACGUCUACAGGAAAUUCAACAACAACUGGUAUGGCCCUCUAUAUCCGACCUCGAUCCAAAAGUGUACAUUCCCGACUUUCUGAAGUCAAGUCUUUCCAUUCAACCUUGUACGAAGCUCCUCUCGUGUCCCAAAAGGCAACUAAUGCACGAAGGAUUAAUGACAUUAGUAGAGGCGACAAAGACAAUAGACGUGCACUUGUUCCUGUUCGACGACAUUUUGCUGAUUACAAAAAUAAAGAAAUCUGUCAAGAAGAAACAAAAUACCCCGGAAACGUAUAAUACCAAUGAUUGUAACUCCUAUACAGUACAUCGCCAACCCAUAGCUUUAGACCGCUUAAGUGUGCACGACGUCGGUAUGUCGGAGGCAUCAGCAAACGGCCUUAAACACUGUAUCGUCUUGGUCCACAUCAGCAGAUUCCAACAAAUCAUAGGUGUUUAUACACUGCAAUCGACCAGCGAGUACGUAAAGGAUUACUGGAUGACAAAGCUAUGUGAUGCCAAGAAAAAAUACCAUUCCUCCUCUCACGACGAUGGUGUGAAUGGCCUGAUCGACUACAGCCAGCACCUGUCACCGAGUACGACCACAGCGACCAGCACUACUCCCACCGCUACCAAUCUUACAACAGGCGACAUUUCACCGCGCAGACUCAGACGGGCACGCAUGCUCAGUCAUCAUAAAAAGAAGUCAGUCAGCAUGGAUACGGUCUUCAUCACGUAGUGUACAUUUCUACUUGAUCAUAUAAAUGUUUUCUAUGUGUGUUGUUGUUCCGGGAAAAAACUUCAUCUUUAUCCGGAAAUUCAAGCAAAGUAUCAAAUUGUCUGUGAUAUUAAAUGUCUAUAUUAUAAAUAUUAAGCUACCA